AUGACUGAAGCGAAAGACCCGGCGAUCAAGCUCUUUGGGAAGACGAUACCGGUGCCGGAGAUCCCGGACGGAUCCAAAGACUCCACCGGAGCUCCAGCUUCAUCUUCUGGUGAUGUUGUUGAUGAUGGUGUUGAUCAGGAUCAUGCUUCUUCCAGCAACUCUUUCAAUGCCAAGGAAGGUGAAGAGCAUGAGAUUGACCAGGACACAAUGGGAGAGGAACCAGCUGAGAGUAAGAAGGAAGACGGAUCCCCCAUCCAAUUGUCUGAAGAGGUCACCAAUAUUGAUACAGCCUCAAGAUCAGGGGAAGAAUGUAUCAACCCCUCCACUAAGGAGGAAGCUAUUACUUUGAAAACUUCAAAGUCUGAAGAAGAACAUGGUGAGAAUUCACAAGAUAAGACCCUGAAAAAACCAGACAAAAUACUGCCUUGCCCCCGCUGUAAUAGCAUGGACACCAAGUUCUGCUAUUACAAUAAUUACAAUGUCAACCAACCACGUCAUUUUUGUAAGAAUUGUCAGAGAUAUUGGACUGCUGGUGGGGCAAUGAGGAAUGUGCCUGUUGGUGCUGGUCGCAGGAAGAAUAAGAACUCUGCUCCUCACUAUCAUCAGAUAACUGUCCCUGAAGCAGCAAUCCAGAAUUCUCAGUCAGACUUGCCAAAUGGAGUCCAUCAUCAUUCCUUGAAUUGUAAUACCACAGUGCUUGCAUUUGGAUCUGAUGCACCGUUGUGUGAAUCAAUGACAUCUGUUUUGAACCUCGCUGAUAAAGCAGCGAACGAUUGCACAAGGAAUGAACUUAAUAGACUAGAAGAACUAAGAAUUCCUGUUCCCUGUGAUGGCGGAGAAAAAGGAAAUGAUCAUUCCAAUAAAUCUUCUGUCACAUCAACAAAGUCAAUAGAAGGUGCAACCAUCAAUGGGUCCCAAGAACAAGUUAUACCGAAUUGUCAAAGCUUCCCACCUCAAGUUCCCUACUUUCCGGGUGCCCCUUGGCCUUUCCCAUGGAAUCCAGCACAUUGGAGCUCUCCAGUACCACCACCUGCUUUUCUCCCUCAAGGAUUUACCAUGCCACUCUAUCCUGCAGCAGCUUGUUGGGGUUUUACUGUGCCGGGUGCAUGGAACAUCCCAUGGCUAGCACAACCUUCAUCACCAAAUAGUAUAAUCCCUAACUCUGGUCCUAACUCCGGUCCUAACUCCCCUACCUUGGGAAAACAUUCAAGGGAAGAAAAUAUGCUCAAAUCAAAUGACACAGUAGGGAGGGGUGAACAUAGCAAAGGAAAUAGUAAAGAAAAGUGCCUUUGGGUUCCGAAAACAUUGAGGAUUGAUGACCUAGGAGAAGCAGCAAAAAGCUCUAUAUGGACAACUCUCGGAAUCACAAAUAAUAAGGCAGACUCAAUUCAUGGGGGAGAACUCUUUAAAGCAUUUCCAUCAAAGGGUGAUGAAAAAAAUCACAUAAUGCAAAACUCACCAGUCUUGCAGGCCAAUCCAGCAGCAUUGUCUAGGUCAAUUAACUUUCAUGAGACCUCAUAAUCCUGUAGCUUAUAAAUUUUGUAAUUGUUUCUUGGAUGCAGCAGAUUAGCAGACUGACAUGGCAGUGUUCCUCUGUUCUUGAGGAAGUUAUAAAGUGUAAAGACGCAUAGGUUCACUAGCCUUUUUUACGUAAAAGUUAGUUCUUCUUGUUGGCCAACAAAAAAAAUUAUGAAGAUGGUUCUUCCUGCAUUAGCUUUAAGGAGAAGCAAGCCUUCUAUAUGCAGAGUAUACCUCCUUAGAUGGCGGCUAGGCAAUUUUACACUCUUUCCUUUCGUUCAGAUGCUUUUCUUAGUUCAUGUACAUAGGUAAGUUUAUGUGCAUAGUGAGACACUCUGUAUUUGUCUUGCAAGAUCCCACUUUUAUGUAAAUAAGAAUAA